AGCGCUGCGGGUUAUUGUCAGAUAGAACGCGGUGGCGUGAACAUCACAUCAAGUACCAACAACUAAUGAGAGCCAAGAACAGCGAUUAUUGAAAUAGAAAACUCUCCUCUUGCUCCGCGUUCGUGUGCGUGUUUGUGUGUGUGUUCUUUUGGGAUUUCCCGCGUUCUGUGACCAUAAAAAAUAUUGGCACUCGGCCCAAGUUGGACAAUACGCUGCCACUGCCAAAUCGUCGAGCUAGACAACUGCCGGAAAUGCGAAAGUGAAAGCGGUCGCCCAUCGUGACACAAAAGAAAAGUAAUCAGACGUCCCGUAAUAUGUCUUCCACGCUCAAGUCGCAGCAACUGCCGCUGAGCAUUCCCAGCCACAGCGGCGGCAUGUACGUCAAGACGGCACCAUCGUUGCCGGGCAAGGCAUUCGAGGAGAACACUUGCUACGGCGCCUUUAUGUCGCCCCCGCUGAGUGCCACAAUUGGAGGCGGGUCGGCGAAUCGGAACGACACCUUUCGGGCCCCACUGAAGGUGGAGGCAGCCGACAGCGGCGGCUACAACAACUUCACUGGCGGUGAGCUGCAGUUUCCGGACUUUUCGCACCUUUGCUUUGCCGCUGAGACACCCAAUUCGGUGUUCAGCGACUGCCACAACUAUGUGGGGCAGGAUCAGGACUUUGAUCAGGAUCAGGAUGACAUUGUGUGCGCCGCGGCGGAUCACACGGGCAUGCCGUACCAGCAGGGCCAGUACACACAGCUCAACCGGGAGGAUAUCUUCCGCUUCGAGCCGGAGGACAUUGCCCGACUGACCGGAGAGCCCGACUUCUCCGGACUGAUGCAGCCACAGCCGCCGACGCCCUACACUCCCUACACGCCCUGCAGCGCCCAGUCCAGCCAGGUGCCGGUCGAUGCCGCGUCUUUGGCGGCCUCGCAGGCCGACUCCAUUAAUCUGGAUAUUGAUUAUUUUAAUUAUGACGAAAUUAAUUGCCAAUCGAAAAACCAAUCACCGUGCUCAUCACCGCACCUGGACGCCUGGUUGAAUUUCAAUCUCGGCGAGAUGCCAGUCACUGCCACGGCAGACACAGACACAGCCACAGCCACGUCCGCGGCAGCCGCCGCCACAUCAUCGCCCAAACUGUGCAACAUGUACGAUGGCCUCCUGCUGCAGCAACACAUCAAGCAGGAGCAGGGGCACGAGCCGGAGCAGGAGCCCUCGCCCACCAAGCUGCCAUCGAUGAGCUCCACAUUCGGGACACCCAAAUGCAUUCCCAUGUGCGCCAGCAAUUUCGAUGAUUACUCGAAUCUCUAUUGCGGCCCGGGGGCGGCACAGUACGCGGCCGAAAAUUAUCAAAAUAAUAUGUCGCACGCCAUCGAAAAGCCGAACCGUGAACACAAAAUCAUCUGGACCAUUGACGAGCUCGACGAACUGAUGCUGGGCGACGGCAAUCAGCAGCCGCCGCAAUGCCAAAGUACCAAAUCCGAUAUGGCUAAUUACUUUGCGGAUGAGUUGAUCAAAAGUGAGUCAGCCAUGGGUGUGGGCAUGGGCAUGGACAGCGAGGAUGAUGACAAUGAGAACGAGGAAGACACGGAAACCCACGAUGGGCUCGACAAUGAGGUGUUCGCCCAGCCGUCGGUCUGCGAGCUCAAGCCGGAGAGCUGCUGCGAUGCGGAGGCUGAGGCUGAGGCCGAGGCGGAGGCGGAACCACUGCCACUCAUCUGUCGCUGGACCGGCUGCAAUGUGGAGUUCCCCCACCAGCAGGCCUUCGUGGAGCAUAUCGAGAAGUGUCACGUGGAUGUGCGCAAGGGAGAGGAUUUCUCCUGCUUCUGGCUGGACUGUCCCCGUCGCUACAAGCCGUUCAAUGCCCGCUACAAAUUGCUCAUUCACAUGCGUGUCCACAGCGGCGAGAAGCCGAAUAAAUGUCCGUUUCCCGGCUGCAAUAAAGCAUUCUCGCGUUUGGAAAAUUUGAAAAUUCAUCAGCGCUCGCACACGGGGGAGCGGCCUUAUGGCUGUCAGUAUAAAGGCUGCCUCAAAGCGUUCAGCAAUAGUUCGGAUCGGGCGAAACAUCAAAGGACCCACUACGACACGAAACCGUAUGCCUGCCAGCUGCCGGGAUGCACCAAGCGCUACACGGAUCCCUCCAGCCUGCGCAAACAUGUCAAGAAUCACGCGCUGCGCAAUGCCAAUGGACAGCUGGUGCGCCGCAAAUCUGCCGGCGGCGGCGGUGGUGGCCCAUCGAAUGCCUGCAGCAAGAAGGCGGCCAAAACACGCCGUCACUCGGAAUCGGCACUGGCCCAGGCCCAAGCCCAAGCCCAGGCCCAGGCCCAGGCUGUGUGCGGUGGUGCGCCCUUAGGUGCGACGACAGGUGCGGCCACAGGUGACCAGCAGCAGCAGCGGCAGCACCGCAGCAAUAGUUGCAGCGAUUCGAUGCUUCACUUUGAGAAUGGGCCAACGACUGCGGACAGGACCAACCGCAAUGGCUGCGGCAAUGUUGCAGCUAAUAACAAUUCAAUGAACUUUAAUGAGUUGUCAAAUUGCAUUGUCAUCAUUGAGCACAAUCAGAAUGAAGCAACAACGGGAGUGGGAGCAGGAGCAGGAGCAACCACAGCAGUACAGACAUCAGCAUCGGCAACGGCAACGGCAGCAACAACAUAUGCUCUUUACGAUGCAACCGGCAACAUGGCGCCCGCAACGGAAACGGAUGCGCUGAGCGUUUGCAGCAGCAAUAGCAACAAUUACAACAAUGGCUACAGCGACAGCCAUGAAAAUAUUAAUCAAUUAAGCGAGCUCGAACAACUGCUGACAUCAACGAAUGGACGCAGCCCCAUCCCCAGUCCCAGUCCCAGUCCCAGCCCCAGUGCGAUAAGGCACAAUGCGAAGCCGGCAGUUGCCUCAGCCGCUAAUGGGAUUAGCAGCGUGGCUGCCACACAGGGGGGCAGGGCCGGCAAAUGCCAUUUGAGCGAGUUUGUGUCGUUCGAGUACGUGACAAAGUACAUCGCGGACUCGUACGCGGAUGCAGCCACAUGCAAGAGCCCAGCAGUUAAUUUACAUUUACAGUCGGAGUUUGAUAAUAAUUUCGAUAUGCUGGACUUGCAGGAGUUCAUCUAAGGUUAGACAUUAAGUUUGAUUAGGUUUACAGUAGUUCUAGCUAGCGCCCACCAAAAGUCAGCAAUUCUAUAUCCAAAGAUCUCAGUGCCUGAGCCCUUGAAAGAAGCCAAUCCAACUA